CCUCCGAGGCAUGUUUGGUUACGUCCGUGCAUGCAAGGUUAUGCCGGACGAAUCAAUCACUAUGUAAAGGACACAACACUGAAGGAAGUGGAGACCUGUCUGACGCACUACCAGCGAUUGGAACAAUUUAAUCAAGGUCCGUUUGGGCAUUUACUUCAGUUGAAGAGGCAGGAUAGUGCGAAUGCCGCACUGCACCAUCUUCUUGCACGGGAGUUGUAUGACGAAGCAUUCGGUCCGUGGGAGAAGUGGUUCCACGUUGGUGGACACGACAUUCGAUUCGGCGCAGUGGAGUAUUGUCUGGUGACGGGGUUGUGUUUCGGGCCAUCCCCGCAGCGUUUUGAUCCUGAUGUGGAUCACCGUGUUGGGAAGCAGAGUCUAUGGCACCGGUAAUAGGAAGACGUACCACUUCUAUGGGCCCAUAUGGGCAUUACAGAUUUGGUCGUACGAGGCCAUUCCGAGGUUGGGCCGCGCGUGUGGGAUGCGUGACACGAGGUUGCAGAUGCCACGAUUGGUGAACUGGACGACUUGGAAGUCGGCUUCUGACUUCACCCACUUUUUUGAUGCUCAUGAGGCUGAGUGUCACCGGACACUCGAACCGGUCGAGGAGGAGAAUGAUUCAUGGUAUUUGCAGACCCUGAGGCAUCCAGAGCCCUUUUCUGUACGAUACCAUCCCGGAGGGAAAUACGCUGGCUUGACAGAGCCAGUUGUACCGGAGCCGCCUCCUCCUGUUAGGCCUCCCCCUGUGCAGAGGAGUAUCUCACGAGCAGAGAGGACUCGUGAGAAGCAGCCUGUCCCUGUCCCGAGGAGUAGCUCACGGGCAGAGAGGGCUCGUGAGAAGCAGCCUGUCCCUGUCCAUGUCGAGCGACAUAGGCAGACGUAUGAGGAGCCAGGUGGCAGCCCGUCGAAGCGGCGCAGGUCAGAGGAGUUUGAUGAUCGCGAGCCUCAGGCAGACCGAGAUGAGGAUUAUUGGAGGCGACGCGAUGAGGACCUGAUUGCCCGUAUCACACAGGAGCAGAUCCGGACUGUGGUCCCAGAGAUGCGGCGCGAGAUACGUCGCGAGCUUGUAGACGACGACUCUGAGCAUGGACUGGUCGCCAAAAUUACGAAGAAGGUCAUAGCCGCUGUGAAGGACAUCUUUGGGAGACGUUCUUCUUCGAGGAGGCAUAGAUCAUCAUCCAGCCAUGCCAGUCGUCAUAGACAUGGGAGUGAGGAGUACGACCAGCCGAGCCCCAGUCGCAGACGGUCUACAUCUCACAUUCCUAGUCCUAGGCGAUCAGAGCGUGAGGAUCCACCUCAUGUUAGCCAUAGGCACUCAGUUGGAGACAUGGAUCCGCCUCGUGGCAGUCAGAGACGCUCAGAGCGUGGAGAGGAUCCACCCCGUGCGAGUCAGCGGCGAUCUGCCUCACGUCACAGUGAGAGGGAGGCAUCUAUGAGGCGAUCAGCCUCACAUCAUGGUGAGGGGCAGACAUCUUUGAGGCGAUCCGCCUCACGUCACAGUGAUCGCCCAGGGCCAUCGGCUGGGUACCAACGUCCAGAGACCCCUGCGCCUAAGGCGGGGGAUGUAAGUGAUGAUCUGAAUUUUUCCUGGACGUCGUCAGAGGAGGAGGCGGGUGCUAGAGAGAGGCCUCAAUUGGUUAUUGACCCGGACUUGCCGUAUGGUAAGGCCCUGCUGAAGGCGAAGAAGCGGGGCUUCAAGGCGUUUAUGAGAUCGCCGCCGGGUACUUAUGUGCAAGUGAUCGAGACGGGUUGGGUGAUGUCGCAGGAGCUAUUCCACAGGAUUCUGAAUCCUCGCGUGGAGUUCGACGGGGAGAUAUUAGACCUCUGGAAUCUGAAGGCUCUCCGACGGCUCCGUCAAAAUCAGCAGUGGAUAGCUCGGGGACAGACGAGGCUCGUUGCAGGCGUGACACGGGAGAGAACGCCGAUAGCUUUUCUGGAUUUUUAUGAGACCCUUUUCAGAGAGUUCAGGUCGUUGCAUCCGGAUGAGCAAGAUUGGGACAACAUUCGGGAUCGACACGGAUACGAGGAGUGGGUGGUGCCCGAAAAGCUGAUCGCCAUGUUUCAUGGAACUGAUUCAGGCCAUACAUGGCCUUGGUUGGAAGCGAAAGAGAUAAUAGCUAUGUGCAAUCUCGAUAAGAGUCAUUGGUGUACUGUGGUUAUAUCUAUCUCCGCAUGGGAGGUGAGAGUGUAUGACUCACUGAUACAUGUGGAAGGUGCACGAAAGCGUCGAGAAAAUGCAAUGAAGCCAAUCACUCGCCUGAUGCCUAAAUUGCUGCACACUGUGGGUUAUUAUGCACACAAUACCGUGAGGUAUGUUGCCGCUCCAGAUAGGCCUAUGAAAGUCGUCAUUAUGCCAAUCAGAGAGCAAUUCAUCCAAGAAGAUAGUGUAAGUUGUGGUGUGUUUGCAUGUGCCUAUCUGGAUCGUUUGAUUUGUGGCGCACCAACACGUGAGCAGCUGAGGACACCCGCACAGAUACAAAAGUUUCGACAAAUUAUAGCUAUUAGGAUAUGGGAGUUGUGUACGGAUCCUCCCCCUAUUCAUUUCAGUUGAUGAACAUUUUUUUUGUGUUAAAAUACACUUGAUUUGCUGUUGUUUUGUGGUUUGAUUUUAGCUUA